UGAUUUCAAAAACCCUCUUCAUCUUCUCAAGUUCUUCUCUCCUCUUCGUAUCACUAUCUCUCUUUUCCUGGAGCUCGGUCUCUCUCAUCUCUCUCACCGUGGCGUCGCCGUCGCUCUCUGUCUCGUCAUCGUCUUGCACAUAGUCGCGCGCCUUCGUUGCGCUCUUCGUCGCUGGCGACAGAAGCAGCAGGUCCUGGGGCUUGUCGUCUUCUUGCUUCGAGUGUCGCCGUCAGCCUCCUUCGCGCAAUCAGAAGCUGCUUCAUGAUUUGCCACACACUGUUAAAACCAGUGUUCCUCCUUCGUAGUUUCCAUCAUUCAUUGCAAGUUUUUCUCCAUUUCCUCGCACACCAUUCUCCAUUCCUUCUUCGACCUCAUCGCCACAAAGAAUCCUUAUAUUCUCGCUCACCCACUUCGCUAGAUCACACUGUGAUUUGAGCUCAGCAGCUAAAAAAAUCGGUUUUUGAUUUGUGGGGUUUGUUCAAAAUGACGUCUUUCACCAUCCCUUGACCCAAGUGUCUCUCUUUUUCACAUUUGGGAUUGAACUCUCAGACCACACAACGGAACAUGCACAUGGCUGGGUUGGGAUUGAAGAAAUCCCAGUCAUUUGGAUCUUUGGUUUGUGAUUCAAACUCAAUUGGGGUUCAGGUUUGGGUAAAGUGGGGAUAGAGACGCCAGUUCAUUCCCUAGAACAAGCUAGGUGCAAGAUUUACACUUUAUUAUUCCUGACUAUUUCUUUUGAGUGGAGCAGUGAUACACACCCGCUUUCUUAUCAGCAGGCUAAGGGAGGGGGACUUGCGUUUUGAAAGGUGAUCUGUCUGAACGUUUUUCUUUUUUUCAUUAACCUGUUUUCCUUUUGUGUACGUAAACAAUAGUAUAGUAUAGCAUCGGGAUUUAGGAAUAUAGUUUGGGGAUAAAAGCAAUAAUAGAUGCAGCAUACAGGUAAGAGGUUCAAUAAAUAGUUACGAAAGUGGUUAUGAAGUUAGGUAUUUGUGGUUAAGGCUUAAGGAAAGGUUCGUUACAAUUUAAUGAGUUUUAUGCCAACCGUCGCCCAAUUCAGCCUAACCAACAAAUGGUUGUGAUGUGUUUAAACUAGAAUCAGUAAAAUCAUCAUAAAAUAAAUUAAAGGCUACAGGUGAAAAACAUCAUUAAUUCAUUAUCCUACUAAUGUGAGCCAUCCGUUUCACCUGGGCCGAAGUUGGAUUUAUAAAAAAACUGGACUUCUAGGUGCUAGCCCAGUAAUCCCAAGAAUAUCAGAAGCCCAAACAUAAAAUCUAGGCCCAAAAUGUCACACACACACACAAAAAAGAAAAACCGGCUUGUGAAGUGGAAAGAAAGAAACUCAUCGUCGUUCAUUCCUUCUUCUUCUUGUGCGGAAGAAUGAGCAGUUACGGUGGUGGAAGCUCGUCGAAACCAAGAAUUGCUUCUUCUCAACCUUCCGAAACUUCUUCAAAGCGCAAAAGAGGAGUUUUCCAAAAAGAACUGCAGCAUAUGAUGUACGGCUUUGGAGAUGAUCCCAAUCCUCUUCCUGAAAGUGUGGCGCUUAUGGAGGAUAUUAUUGUGGAAUAUGUCACGGAAUUGGUACAUAAAGCUCAAGAUAUUGGAUCACAGAGAGGGAAACUAUCAGUUGAGGAUUUCCUUUAUUUGAUUCGCAAGGAUAUGCCAAAACUUAAUCGAUGUACAGAAUUGUUGUCUAUGAAUGAAGAGCUGAAACAGGCAAGAAAGGUUUUCGAAUCAGAUGAAGAGAAAUUGAGGAAGGUUUUUGAAGUGGACGAACCAGUUGAAUGAUGAAUGAGAAAAAGAUCAUUGAAUUGCACCGAAUACACCAUUCCUGUUCUGACAUCUCUAGAUCAAAUUUUUGGAAUUUGAGUAUGUCUUACAUUUGAAAAUAGCCAACCUAGAUAUUUAAAUAGUUGAAUUGUAACUUCCUAAUAUAUUUGUUCUUCUAUUUAUUGUGUCCAUGAUCUUGUGAUUAGAAGAAAAUAAUUUUUAACACCCUAGAGUAACUAUCUUAAACCAAAAAGAAAUUAUUUGGUCUUAGCAGGA